AUGUUCAGCUUCAGCGGCAACCUACUUGCGGGGCAGCAUGAUACACAGAAACAGAGGUCGCCACCUUCGAAACCGACACCCGUCAAGUUUCCUUCCCUUGAGCCGCCCGAGCCGUCAAUAAACACGCUGCCAGCCACCUGGACCCAACCAGGAGCAAGGAUAUCAGAGCACUUUUUGCGACUCAAGAAGCCGUCUGAUGUGAGUGAAGAGACCUUGGCCUUGUUGAAUGUCACGUUUCAGCCCCAAUGUGACUUGGAAACAUUAUUGUCAUCCUUGCCAAACGACGCAAAGUCGUUCCUGCCUCCAACCUCCUGGUUGGAAUUACCGGGAGAGAACGACGCCGCAACCAGUCCUGAUACCCCGGCCACACUCUUGAGCAAUGGCAGAAGGGUACCAGAUCAGAGAGAGUUCUAUGUCCGAGCAAGAGAACUGUUCUGCAAGAACGCUGAUGCUUACUCAACACUCACGCGCAAGAGUGUUGGAGAUCAACCACAGCUUCGACUAGCGCAUUUCCGAAAGUUCUGGGAGGGGCUUGACAAUCUAGCUUAUUACUGGGAUACCUCACUAGACGAAUAUCUCCCACCAGUGCAAGAAGCUGGCAAUGUUAGCGGAGAGGCAGUGGGUUCAAGCUCCCCGCAAGAGUCUGCAGAUGCCCAAAGUCAGGACGCCAAACGUGAAACUGAUUCGAAUCGAAUAUCCACAGCGAGGCCAGGGUCUCGUACGCCUGAAGAAGAGGAACCUCGCAAGAAGGCCAAGGUUGAAGAUGCUGAAAGUGGGCAGCGACCAGCCGAGGUCCAGGGCGCCAAUGGCUCCAGCGCCGCACCAGUGAGUGCACGUGUCCCGUCAAAUACUCCAAACCGCAUAUUACCAGCUCGGGCUGCACCACCCAAGGCCCCUUGGGCUGUGAAUAUGGAGUCUCAAAACAAGGUAGUUGAUCUCUCAAACGGUUCUUACCGAGGCUAUCGUAUCGGAAGUGGUGCCGAGAUGCCUGAUCAGUACCGCAUUGAUUGCGUGCGUGCUUUCAUAGAGCCGAUUGCAUGGGCUUUUGGUGUGACACUUUCACCACACCGCCGUCCUCCCGUCCUCACAAUCGAGCACAUUAGAUUCCCUGUUCGCAUGAGCUCUGUCGCUUGGCAAGCACCUCAGGAUAGGGCUAAAGCCAGGCAUGGCUAUAUGGAAGGUCCGGUAUUGGGGGUACAAUGCAGGGCAGACGUUGGCUUCGGACUGACGGGAGACCUGAAGAAGCAAUCUAAUCUUGAUGCUGUGCGCGAGUUAGGUGGGUUGUUGUUGCUGGCACAAGAAAGAGCUAGAGAGGGGAAAGCUGAACGAAGAGGUGGCGAGGAUAGAUGGUGGACAACAAAAGAGCGGUGGGGUGGAGGACCCGGGGGCGAGGUUGGCGAAACAACCGGGGCGAUCGAAAUACUGUCCAAAGAUGCAGCGUCCAAACCUGAAGCAAAACCCACCGACAGGAAUCGUGACGGAUCCAAGGCUCGCCGCAGGCCGUCACCAGCAGAGAUUUGGAAAACGUUGCGACCAGGAAACCCACUGUGGGAUCCAAAAGUGACCUACAAGGCCAUCGGCAAAGACCAGAGUGUUGAGUGGGACGAUGUCUUCAUGGUUUCGUCAUUGAACCACCACAUCAGCCUGUUAAAGCUACGCAUACAUCCGGCUUAUCUUGAGUACAUCACCGAAGGUAGACUGCCCAAAGAAGCGCCAACAGACUCCGACUGGUUUUCCCCAAAACUGCAAAGAACAAAGUGGUUCGAUUUGUUCAACGUUGAUGACCGUACUGAAGCGAUGAGAGGCAUCUGGGGUGUAAUGGCCUAUCUCAUGCGCUCAGAUAAAACUGAUCACGCUGAUCCCGAUGGCACUGCUACGAAGCAGUGA